AUGUCGCUAGUUGUCCACCAGUGCAGUUGUCUUUUCCUGCGCUCGUCUCUUGUUGGAUGUUGGACUCCCAGAAUUCACAUAUAUGGUUGAGGAAUCAACAGAAAUCAGAGUACAGUUGAUAAAAGAUUCCAGUUAUAAACAGUGACUUUUAAACAUGUGGUGAUACAUAGUACAACUGCUGGAGGCAGAUCCGCUAUGGCAAAAUGUAAAAGAGGGAACCAAGGCAUAUCCCAUGAGCGCAUUUAACCUACAAUAUUGAUUGCAGGAGGAAGUGUUAUUCUUCAGACAGGACGUAAAAGUAGACAACUUGUGCAUCUGAAUACCAACAGGCAAGUUAGACUAUUUCAUCUGCUAUACACACAACUCCUGUGGGCAUUUAAGUAUUAACAAAUGUGUAAGUGAAAUAGCCAGAUACUGCUAUUAUCCGAACUUGAAGAGACAUGUACAACAGUUAAUCAGAAUCUGUGUCAUUUUUCAGAAAACCAAGGCCAACAAUGUAUGCUCUAAAACAAUUACAUCCUAUUCUGUCCAUGAAACUCCUAAAUUAACUGCCCUUUUUACAGGUCUGCUACCCACGUCUAAAACGGGAGGGGGGGGGCGGCUAAAGUAUUUUAUGGCAUUGUACAUUUUUUGCAAACAUUAAAUUGUAUCCUGUCAAGUCCACAACUUCCACUUCCAUUCUGAACAAGAUCAUCUCUGGUUACUUUCUGUCCAUCAGUAAAGCCGACUCAGUAAUUUCCAAUAAUGCAUCCCACUUCACCAGCAAGGAAUGGAGGCCUUCUAUGCAGUUCCAUGGCAUCAAACACACAUUAAUUUCAGUUUUUAAUCCAAAAAGUAAUCCCAUUGAAGAACAUUCAAGGAAUUCAAUUGUUUCAUUAGAACCUAUGUGUCUUCCAAACAUACUAAGUGGAUAGAUUAUGUCGGCUCUUUUCAAACUACUUGCAAUCAUUUGCCCUACACUUCGGCACGAUUCUCACCAUCUGAACUGAUGUUAGCAGACAAUGAGGCAAAUGAGUGGAUAGAUCAUUUACCUCAGAUACCGAGAGACCCAGUAACACAAGAUGCUAAGUUGGAACAAGCUCUCAGUAUCCUUGCAAAACAGGCCAGUAUCAGAAAGAGCAAGUACGACACAAAUAUUUCUAAAUCCCUAUCCUACCAGAUAGGAAAUUUAGUCUUAUUUAAAACACACCAUACAGCUCCACUUCUCAAAACGCAGAACAAAAAAUGGCACUUACUGUAUACAGGACCGUAUGACAUAGUAAACAUCCCACAUGAAGGAUGUUAUGUCCUCGCAAAUCCAGACACAUUGAAGGUAAAAGGACUUUACCCUCACAUUGCCAUAAAGCGAUUUGCAGUUUAAUAAUCUGCUCAUUUCCCGAGCAUGGGGUCCCGAGUUUCAUCAUCAUAAUCAUCAUCAUCACCUCUUGUUCCUAGUAAGUUAGUUUUAUAUUUAUUAUGUAUGUAUCAUGUGUAAACUGAAGU